AUGUCCGACGACGGCAAAAGCGACACAACGCCUGCGGAGCUUCCCAUUCCAGGCAUUCUACGUUUACCGACAGAGCUCCGCCUGCGCAUAUAUGGGCGCCUUUUCUUGGUUCCGAAGUACGACCUCUCCAAGAAGAGCACCGACGCAACCGGCAAACGCCAGGUCUUCCUUCCAGUCAUGCGUACUUGCUCGGUCUUUCGCAAUGAGGCAGCCAAUCUUUACCACAAGUAUUUGGUUGCCAUACUCGCGCAGACACAUAUGAAGCGCAGAGUCCUCGAACAUUAUCUCAUGCACGAGUCAGACGAAAGUCAGGGCAUGCUUGACGGAAAUAAAAGACCAAAGGUUCCCGCUCCGAGGGACUUGGGACCGACUGAUAUCGCUGCUGCUCUCGCCACGCAUGACGACUACCCAGACUACAUACCCAAGGUCAGAGAAUUGGCAAUUGAAUACAUGCUCACGCUGUGGAUGAGAGAUCGAGUGAAGGAUUUGUUGAAGGCUUUCUGA